AUAUAAUAAAAAUGGAAAUAAAAUUGGUAUAUGGGAUAUUAUGUUUAAAGGAACUCAUAAUAAAUCAAAAUAUGAAUAAAUGUGAUUAAAUUAUAAAUUAUUUUAGUGGUGGUGGUUUAUAUAAUGAAUAAGCAGGAGUUUCAAGAAAGGUUGGGAAAUGGAUAGAAUUGAGUGAAGGAUUUCAGAAAAGAGUUAGGUUAUAUAUUUAGGUGAAUAUAGUAUGAAGGGUGAUAAAAAAGGUAGAUGGGAUAUUAAAUAGUAGGGAAAAUAAAUGUAAAGAAUAAAAUUAUAUUAGUAGUGGAGGUGGA